AUGAGUGGCGUCAAUGAUGGCCUCAACAUCCUCUACGUCGGCAUGGCUGCUGGGUUAUAUCUCCGACCAGAAUAUGCCAUCUUUAACUCGCAAAUUAUGACUGGCAUCAUCCUCUUUGGAAUUAUCACGGUACUUAAAUUUAUCUAUCGUCUGGGUCUUUAUCCGGAAUACUUCACACCGUUAAAACAUAUCCAUUCACCACCGAAUCGAGGCUGGCUGAAAGGAAACUCGGACUCCUGGUUCCUUGAAGCCCCCUUUACGCAGUUGGGAGAGUGGGUCAGUACUAUGCCUAAUGAAGAUAUCAUUCGGUACUAUAUGGUCGGCAACCUUGAGAGGCUUAUUUUGACAAGCCCGAAGUCAUUGGGUGAACUCCUCGUCACCAAGGUAUAUGAUUUUGAAAAGCCAGAAAUGAUCCGAGAGAGCUUGCGACGUAUUACCGGUGAUGGUAUUCUACUUGCCGAGGGUGAUGAGCACAAGAAACAACGAAAGAAUCUCAUGCCAGCAUUUGCAUACCGACACGUCAAGAAUUUAUACCCAGUCUUCUGGGCUAAGAGUAUUGAAAUGGUGAAAACGAUUGAACAAGAGCUGGAGAACAGAAACUCCAGCGGCGACAACACAAUCCAGGUUAGCAACUGGGCUAGCCGAGCAACACUCGAUAUAAUCGGGGUAGCAGGCAUGGAUCACGACUUCGACUCUCUCCAUGACCCGGACAACACCCUCAACAAAUCCUACAGAGCUAUCAUGCGCUCCCCACCUCUCUGGUUAAAGCUGGUCUUUGUAGUGAGCUUGAUCGUCGGGUACCCAAGUUGGUCCCGAAAAUUCCCCUCGAAAUGGAAUAAGGAGAUUGAAGAAAACGGCGAAGUCAUCCGCAACGUCGCCCGGCAAAUGAUUCGCGAGAAGAAAGCCAAAAUGGAAGACCCCAAAGCCGAAACCGGCGUGGACAUCGUCUCCGUCGCUCUGAGUAGUGGAACCUUUGAUGAAGAGAAUCUCGUCGACCAAUGUAUGACUUUCCUCGGUGCAGGCCACGAAACAACCGCCACGGCUCUCCAAUGGGCUGUCUACGCCCUCUGCAAAAACCCAGAUGUCCAAACCCGCCUCCGUGACGAAGUCCGCGCCAACCUCCCAUCACUGAAUGACGAAACACCCAUUACAGCAUCUGAAAUUGACAACCUCCCUUACCUAAACGCCGUCUGCAACGAAGUCCUCCGGUUUCAUCCCUCUGUCCCGGCAACAAUCCGCACUGCAGUCCGUGACACCAGCCUUGCAGGCAAGCAUAUUCCCAAGGGAACACUAUUUAUCAUCUCCCCACAGAUCCUGAACCGGAUGGAAGAAUUCUGGGGACCGGACGCCGACAAAUUCAACCCGGACCGAUUUAUGGGUCCCGGAAAGGCGAAUACGGGUGGUGCGGUUAGUAACUAUGCUUUCUUGACUUUCUUGCAUGGCCCCCGCAGUUGUAUUGGGCAGGGCUUUGCGAAGGCUGAGCUGGCUUGUUUGAUUGCUGCUACUGUUGGCCGUUUCCAGAUGGAGUUGAAGUAUCCUGAUGCUAAGUUGGAGGUCAGGGAGGGGGCAACAGUUUCGCCGAAGGAUGGGGUUCUUGCUAAGUUUACGUUGUUGGAGGGGUGGUAG